ACCAAAAAAAAUUCUCUAAAUUUAGGAGAGCGUCUUCCUGUCCAUCCAAUACCCCCUUCGCCUUUAACGUACCACUCACAUACACAGAUUCUCCAUUUUCUCUUCUCUUUGCUUUCACUCUUCUCUUCUUCUCCAUAUGCAUUCUUCUUCUCUUCAUCACCAUUCCCUUUACUUCCUUCCUCAUCCUCAGCACCCUCUCUGUCAUAUAGUAUGCUUCAAGAAGCUUCAACAAAACCCGAGGGAGAACUUGAAGUUAGCUUCGGUUAUAAAUGCAAUGGCAACAUAGGUGAAAUUCAUGAUGUUUCUGACAAGUUGGAGAUUCAGUCUGGACUUCAAAGGGUGAGCAGUUUCUCUUGCUUAUCUGGGGCUGCCUUGAGUGCGAAUGCCACCCUAGCGAACACAAAUAUAUGCAAUGGGUUGAUAGGAGAAGAAAUUCUGCCAACCUGGGAUUCUCCUAACUCCUUCCGUAAGGUUCCCUCAUCGCCUACUCUUUCAAGGUUGGAUAUACUGUCAACGUCUCUGCAGAGUAGUCUGUCAAACUUAAGUUGCAGUCCAUCUACCCCGACCUCUGAUUAUGAUUCAUACUUGUUGAAAUCCAUGAGUUCUCCAUCUGGAGGUGAAGGUUUCCUUAAUGUUAAGGAAGUGCAAGUGGCAGGUGGAGCUGCUGGUGAGGACAGGGUCCAAGCUGUUUGUUCUGAAGAAAAUGGAUGGCUAUUUUGUGCAAUUUAUGAUGGUUUUAACGGAAGAGAUGCUGCUGAUUUUCUUGCUGGCACAUUGUAUGAAACUAUUGUAUUUUAUUUUAAUCUACUAGAUUGGGAAGCCAAGAAUGAAACCUCUGACGGUUUAGACAUGCAUGGUUCACAUCUUCUUGAUGAUAGUAACAUUACUCAAGGAAGAUUUUCUCCUAUGGGAAACAAUAGUAAAAUUUCUUCAGAUAUCCACAAUGUGUUAGAGAACCAUUCAUAUGCCAAAGCAGGAAUGAAAAACUACCCUCUAAGGCAUGGGGUGUUCGAUAGCCUCCAGCGUGCUCUUAGUCAAACAGAGAAUGAUUUUCUGCACAUGGUAGAACAGGAAAUGGAGGACCGCCCUGAUUUAGUUUCUGUUGGGUCAUGUGUUUUAGUUGUUCUUCUUCAUGGAAAGGAUUUGUACACGCUAAAUUUGGGUGAUAGUAGAGCAGUACUAGCUACCCUUGAUGAAGGUUCUAUGAGAAGGAAUAGGGGUCUGAAAGCUGUCCAGCUCACUGAGAGUCACACUGUGGAUAAUGAACUUGAAAGAGCUCAGUUACAACAUGAUCAUCCCGAUGAUCCGACAAUAAUCGUUGGUGGCAAAGUCAAAGGAAAACUGAAGGUGACUCGUGCUUUUGGAGUUGGCUACUUGAAGACGAAAAAAUUUAAUGAUGCUUUGAUGGGUAUUCUUCGAGUUCGUAACCUAAUAAGCCCUCCCUAUAUUUCCACUCAACCAGCAUUGUCUAUCCAUAGGAUAUCAAAAUCAGAUUGCUUUGUUAUAGUUGGAAGUGAUGGUUUAUUUGACUUUUUUGGCAAUGAGGAGGCAGUGAACCUUGUCCAUUCGUAUAUCUUGAGCAACCCAACUGGUGAUCCUGCAAAAUUUUUACUGGAGCAGCUUCUGUUGAAAGCAGCUAAUUGUGCAGGUUUUAGCAAGGAAGAGUUAAUUACCAUUCCAGCCGGCAGGAGAAGGAAAUAUCAUGAUGAUGUAACUGUUAUAAUAAUCAUCCUUGGAACAAAUCAGCGCACCACAAGGGCAUCAACUAGCAUGUAAGCUUAAAUUUGGCUGUUUUUGCCUGCAUUAGCUCAUUUUUAUUUCGUAGUUAUGCACUUAGACCUGUGGUGGUAGUUCUCAUACUAUAUGUAUCUAAGUGAGAAACAAUUGAUUUUGAUAGGGUCCUUAUGUUUCUUUUCAUUAUUUGGCUCAAAAUCUGAUCAAAGAACCUCUUGUUCUCGGAUCAGGUUCUUGUACUUUUACAAUAAAAUACAUUUUAAUUAUAGCGAAGUCUCUUAUUCUUAGAGAUAAAUGCUGAAAGAUCCAAGAAAAGUUAAAAGUUUGGAUGUAACCACAAAGGACUGUCUUAGGGUCUGAAUGAUAUCUCUGAAGAUUCUAAUCACAAAGAUCAUUGUUUCUUCUC